AUGGGUUUCCAGGCGGCUCGCUGCAGGGCAAAAGAGCAAGUGAGCAAGAGAUCCAAAGGAGAGAAAGCCCGGUCAAGAGGAAGAGGAGGGUGGGAGGCGACACUGCUCGCCUUUUAUUGCGGAAUGGAUGGAUGGGUGAACGGAUGGAUGGAUGGAUGGGAUGGGGUACGGGCAUUGAAUGAGAUGGAACGACUCUCCGGCCUCGCCCUGCUCUGGACCCCCGGCCGCAGCCCUCGCCUCGCACCACCCGCCGUCGCUCGAGUCGAGUCGAGCCCACACGUCCCCGAAACUCACGGCGGCGGCCCUGCCAAGCCCAAGGCGAGAAACCCCGGCGGCAGGGAAGACGCGGACACUCCCACGCACACACACGCCGACUUCGUACAGCGCACAAAAAAAUAG